AUGAUGAAUCAGACACUACUAAUGAUGGAAUUCUCGCUAAUGAGAUUUACUGAGAAUUGGAUGCUGUUGAAGCUGCAUGCUGUGCUCUUCUCACUCAUCUACAUAGUGGCUAUGUUGGAGAAUUUAAUCAUCAUCCUCCUCACGGUUCUUGACCGACACCUCCACACCCCAAUGUACUUUUUCCUUAGGCAUUUGUCCUUCUUAGAUCUGUGUCUCAUUUCUGCCACUGUCCCCAAAUACAUCCUCAACUCCAUCACCUUCACUGACUCCAUCUCUUUCCUGGGAUGUGUGUUUCAGCUCUUCUUGGUGGUACUGUUGGCAGGGUCAGAGAUUGGCAUCCUCACUGCAAUGUCCUAUGACCGCUAUGUUGCUAUCUGCCAUCCUCUGCACUAUGAAGCUGUCAUGAGCAGAGGGUUCUGUGUCCAGUUGAUGGCUGUGUCCUGGCUCAAUGGAGGGGUCUUGGGAAUCUUGUACUCAGCUGGUACAUUCUCCCUAAAAUUUUGUGGCUCCAAUAAGAUACAUCAGUUCUUCUGUGAUGUUCCUGCCCUACUAAAGCUCACUUGUUCCAAAGAGCAUGCCACCAUUAGUGUCAGUGUAGCUGUUGGGGUCUGUUAUGCAUUUUCAUGUCUAGUUUGCAUCGUGGUCUCCUAUGUGUAUAUUUUCUCCGCUGUGUUAAAGAUUCUAUCGGGACUUAGCCAAUCCAAAGCCUUUUCCACUUGCCUUCCUCACCUCAUUGUUGUGAGCAUAUUUCUUGUUACAGGUGCAGUUGCUUAUUUAAAGCCAGACUCUGAUAUGAACUGUAUUCUAGACUUGCUGAUGUCUGUGUUCUAUUCUGUUGCACCUCUGGUCUUGAACCCUAUUAUCUACUGUCUGAGGAAUAAGGACAUUAAAUCAGCUCUACAUAAAGUCCUUUAUAAUUUGAAGUCAAGUAAUACUGCAGAUGACGGGAUUCAGAGCAAGGAGCCAGCACCACAUACGAUGUUGAGAAUAUCAAGUCUAAGAGAGACUGGGAGUUGGCCAUGGCUCCAAAUAGAAUCCUCCAAAGAACCCGGCUGCAACGGUCAUGCGCACACAGAUGCCCUGGUUACCGAUGACGUCACAGGGCAGCAGACCGCAGAGGGCAACAUGGCGCUCGCAGAGCCUGGCGUGAGGACGACUGGCUCAGACCCGGCAAAGGCAAUCACCGCCACCACGUGUGAUUCGCGCCUUGCAAGAGAAAUGGUGCUCCUGUUGCGAACAGCGUUGAGAAUGGAUUUUGGGACUAUGACGGAAAUGAGACAGACAUCGCAGGGGAUACAAGUUUUUCAUAAAAAGUGCAUGGGAAUGUGA